AUGCUCUUCGCAGCCGUCGAUUACCUCCACCAGCAUCGCAUCGUGCAUCGCGAUGUAAAGGCAGACAACAUCCUCGUCUCUGAGGACCUUUCCGACCUUCAUUUGGCCGACUUCAACACAGCUCGUUCCCUCCUCGAUGGUGGCUCCCUCACCAUGACGGGCACCGUGGAGUAUUCCGCGCCGGAGGUCUUAGCCGGAGAAUCGCCUUCCGAACUCCACGACAUUUGGGGAGCCGGCCUUUGCUUGCAUAUGAUGCUGACGGGGAGCCUGCCGCGGCGACCAACGAAGUAUCCGUCUCUGGCUGCCUUCCAUGAAGCAGUGACUUCCAAACCGGUGGACUGCCAAGGUGGUCGUCAGGGCUUGUACUUUGAGCUUGUUCCUGCAUUGUUCUGA